AUGGGUGAACUGUAUAGAAACAUCGGCGAAUACUCGAAAGCACUUGACUUUUACGAAAAAUCAUAUCAAAUAAGAGAAAAAUCGCUCCCUCCGAAUCAUCCCGAUUUGGCUACUUCCUACAACAGCAUCGGUGGAGUGUAUUAUUGCAUAAGUGAAUACUCGAAAGCACUUGAAUUUUUCGAAAAAUCACAUCAAAUAAGAGAAAAAUCUCUCCCUUCGAAUCAUCCUAAUUUGGCUCAAUCCUACAACAAUAUCGCUCUUGUCUAUAAUACCAUGGGUGACUACCCGAAAGCACUUGAAUUUUACAAAAAAUCACAUAAAAUCUACGACAAAGCUCUUCCUCCGAACCAUCCCAAUUUUGCUACUUCGUACAACAAUAUUGGUCUUACCUAUAACAACAUGGGUGACUAUUCUAAAGCACUUGAAUUUUACGAAAAAUCACAUCAAAUAACAGAAAAAGCCCUUCCUCCGAAUCAUCCUAAUUUGGCUCAAUCCUACAACAACAUCGGUGGAGUGUAUAACAACAUGGGUGACUACUCGAAAGCACUUGAAUUUUGCGAAAAAUCACAUGAAAUAAUAGAAAAAUCUCUGUCUCCAAAUCUUCCUGAUUUGGCUACUUCUUACAACAACAUCGGCUUUGUCUAUAACAACAUGGGUGACUACUCGAAAGCACUUGAAUUUUACGAAAACUCACAUCAAAUAAGAGAAAAAGCCCUUCCUUCGAAUCAUCCCGAUUUGGCUCAAUCCUACAACAACAUCGGUGGAGUCUAUCAGAACAUGGGUGACUAUUCGAAAGCAAUUGAAUUUUACGAAAGAUCACAUCAAAUAAAAGAAAUAGCUCUUCCUCCGAAUCAUCCCGAUGUGGCUACUUUCUACAACAACAUCGGUGGAGUGUAUAACAAUAUGGGUGACUACUCGAAAGCGCUUGAAUUUCACGGCAAAUCAAAUAAAAUAUUCCAAAAAUCUGUGUCUUCGAAUCAUCCUGAUUUGGCUACUUCCUAUAACAACAUUGGUCUCGUGUAUGACUACUCGAAAGCGCUUGAAUUUUGCGAAAAAUCACACGCAGUCAGAGAAAAAGCUCUUCCUCCAAAUCAUACCGAUAUGGCUCAAUCCUACAAUAGUAUCGGUCUUGUCUAUAGCGAUAUGGGUGACUACUCGAAAGCACUUGAAUUCUACGAAAAAUCACAUAAAAUCUACGACAAAGCUCUGCCUCCGAAUCAUCCCGAUUUGGCUCUGUCCUACAACAACAUCGGUGGAGUGUAUAACAACAUGGGUGACUAUUCGAAAGCACUUGAAUUUUACGAAAAAUCACGUCAAAUGAGAGAAAAAACUCUUCCUUCGAAUCAUCCCAAUUUGGCUACUUCCUGCAACAACAUCGGUGGAGUGUAUGGCGACAUGGGUGACUACUCGAAAGCACUUGAAUUCUAUGAAAAAUCACAUAAAAUCUACGACAAAGCUAUGCCUCCGAAUCAUCCGGAUUUGGCUAUUUCGUAUAACAACAUCGGUGGAGUGUAUGUCGACAUGGGUGACUACUUGAAAGCGCUUGAAUUUUACGAAAAAUCAUAUCAAAUAAGAGAAAAAGCUCUCCCUCCGAAUCAUCCCGGUUUGGCUAUUUCCUAUGACAACAUCGGUAAAGUGUAUGACAACAUGGGUGACUACUCGAAGGCACUUGAGUUUUACGAAAAAGCACAGCAAAUCUACGAAAAAGCUCUACCUCCGAAUCAUCCCGAUUUGGCUCUGUUCUACAACAAUAUCGGUGGAGUGUAUAACAACAUGGGUGACUACUUGGAAGCACUUGAAUUUUACGAAAAAUCACAUGAAAUAACAGAAAAAUCUCUGUCUCCAAAUCUUCCUGAUUUAGCUACUUCCUACAACAAUAUCGGUGUUACCUAUAACAACAUGGGUGACUACUCGAAAGCGCUUGAAUUUUUCGAAAAAUCAUAUCAAAUACGAGAAAAAGCUCUCCCUCCGAAUCACCCUCAUGUGGCUGGUAGUCACUUGAGUUUCGCAGUAUGUUACGAAAGAAUGGGUGAUUACGCAGCAGCUCUUAAGGCUCUUCAAAAUGCUUUUCAAAUUCAACAACAAGCAUUUCAAGAAGGUAAUCCAGCUUUCGCUUCAACAUAUAGUUGGUUAGGAAGAGUUUAUCGCAGUAUGAAAGAUUACUCAAAUGCACUUGAUAAUUUUGAGAAGUGUCUCGCAAUAUAUCUGAAAACGUUACCUGAAAAUCAUCCAUAUCUAGCUCUAACAUACAGUAAUAUUGGUGAUGUUCAUCGAUUAAUGGGUAAUUAUGAAAAGGCACUUACAUUUCAUCAAAAAGCAUUAAAUAUUCAAGAAAAUGUUCAAUGUAAUCCUCUGGAAUGUGCAACGAUAUAUAUAAAUUUAGGUGAAAAUUAUCGUGAAAUGAAAGAUUAUUCAACGGCAUUGACAUAUUAUCAAAAAGGAUUAGAAAUACGUGAGAAGAAAUUACCAAAAAAUCAUCCUGAUUUAGCUGUUGUAUAUCAUAAUAUGGCAAAAUUAUAUUUGGCUACACGAAAAUAUAGUAUGGCUAUGAAAAAUAUUCAACAAGCAGUUGAAAUAGCUCAAGAGAAAUUACCUUCAAAUCAUCCUCAUCUUUUGGAAUAUAAAGAAACAUUUGAAAAAAUUUGA